AUGUGUCAUGGAAAAGAACUCAAUGAACGUCAAAACGGGGAAAUGAUUACGGCAAAAAAAACUAGUGGUCCAAAUAAUAAUACCCGUCAAACUCUUUCUCAAAUACGUUUAAACUAUAUAAACAAAACUAUCUCUACACAAACUAUUCAUAAUGAAUUAGCUAAGAAAGAAGCAGUCGCUUAUGAACACUGGACAGUAGAAGACUUUAAAAAAUCAUUUGGCCAAAUAAAUCUACUUACACACAGCUUCAAACUUCGAGUUUUGGACGCGUGUGAAUCAUCAGAAGAGUUCCACAAAGAUUAUAUUGCGGCCACAGUCACCAUUGCACAAUUGGUUAAGGAGGAAUGGGAUGCGGUACCGGAGAGUUAUUAUCGCAAUUUAAUCAAAUCUAUGCCACGACGGGGUUCAAGCUGUAUAUUGCAGCGAAUGGGAUCAAAUGAAGCACUAAUUUGUACAAAAAUGUCCAAUAUUCCCGGUAACUCACAAUUUUACUAUGAUAGCUAUCUUUCGACCUCUAAGUAA